AUGACAGUUCUUCUAACGUUCAAAGGAACAUCUCUACCAGAACGUGUUGCCAUUUUCAAAGGAUCAGCUCCGGUUCGCCCAAACCGUCUACACAUUUUAAACAAUCUGGGACGCCCAGCCUCCCUAUGUUGGAUUCCCGGACACCUUGGAAUCACGGGCAACGAAGAAGCCGAUUUAGCUUCAAAGAAUGCAGCUAAAAAUAACAAACUCCUAAAUAUAAAUCUUCCCUCAUCAGAUCUUUUUGCUAUAGCCCGUCAAGAUCUUUUCGAUAGCUUCCACGAUUAUCUCAUUGAAAUCGGAAGAUACAAGGGUGCACUUUUCACACAAAGAUACUAUCAGCCUAGAAGCAAACCAUGGUUUGCUUCUUUACCAGCAAGAAGAGAAUGGAUCGUCACCAUUUGCAGACUUAAAAGCAACCAUUACGCUGCAAAUGCUAGCCUAGCUAGGAAAAACUAUAUCUUCUCUAGUGACUUGCGACACAAUAACACUGUCACAGCUCAUGAGCAAGGUGCUGGUUAUCCUUUACUUAUACUAUCCUCAAAUGCAGUUCAUACAACUAGCAUCUGUGAAGCAUUCACUGAUGAAUUAAAAAGUCUUUUCUUAAAAGAACGAUUAUCGACUUGUCAAUAUAUCGAUGAUAUAAGGGAAGUUCUAUCUACCAGAAUUUUAUCAAGUCAACAACGAGAUGAAUGUAUUCAAGCAGAUCAGCAAUUGACCGAAGAACGAAAAAUGCUAAAUAACAUAAAGAGAGAUUGUCAGAUGUACUCAAAGUGCUUUGAAGAAUUUUUAUCUAAUGAUCACGAUAAGAGCAUGAAGACUUUAAACGAAGCAUUAGAAAUAGAAAAACUAACAGUUGAGAUGACUAAUAAAAAAAAUCAACUUUCAAGUGUUUAUGGACAAGUAAGAUUAGAAGUAUAUUUUUGGGAAGAAGCGUGGAGAAUGGUUAAACAAUGUCAAAAGUUUCUUUACCAAGUGUCACCAAUGUCCUGGCGAGAGAAACAUGAUUGGAUUCAUAGAGACAAUUAUCCAUUUUCUCAUUCACCCUCAGGACAAGACAAAACUUUCAGUUCGACUCAAUAUAUUGACGAAUCAUCUUCCAUAUUAUCACUCAUUGAUAUGUUUGAAGAAGAUGUAUUAAAAGCCAAACCACCUGAACUCUUCUUUGACAAUCCACUUGAUCUCAAUAGUGUCUUUAAGACAAUCGAAUUGCAAAAUCUUAAUGCUCUGAUUCAUUUAGAAUCAUUAGUAGGUCCUAUGUCCGAUAUGGCGAUAACAAUAGACGAGACUGAAAAUCAAAUUAAAUCUGAAAUCAAUGAAAUUUCCGAAGGAAUCAAAGAUUUAGAGCACUCUAUUAAAGCCGCAGAAAAUUGUGCAGCUGAUUUGGAACGAAAUGCAAAUUCCUUAUUGCAUGGUGUUUUUUGUGCCUUAGUAUGUUCAGAGGAUGUUUUAUACUUGCGAGUCUUCAUUGAGGAUGCAUAUGAAUCUUGUGUAUCAAUAAACGACGCUAAUCUUGAAGCUUUCACAAUGAUGCAGUCAAUUGAAAAAGCUUAUGAAGACAUAAGUAUAGAGCUAGACAAUUUACCGCACAGGAUGGUUGUCGCUUGUGAGAAAGAAGGCUUUCGAGAUGAAAUAAAGCUUCUAAAUGAAGCUAAAGAUGCUAUGAAGAAGUUUGACCUAAUGUACCGACUACUGUCAGCAUUAAAACGAGUAAUGGAACAGCCAAAACCUAAGAAACGGCAAUUGAUGAGGAGAUCAGAAGCUAAGCAACAUCAAACACAAACUAAAACUCUCCUGCGUCCACCCACGAAAAAUGAAAAGCAGUUUUUAAAAUUCUUUACAACAAAUUACUCGCCAUAUGACCACACUGCUUUUCGAGAUCAAUUUUUAGAAGAGUUACAUUUUCUUCUUAAAAACAAGCAGUGCAAUGAUGGAAUUCAAAGUAAAGACAAUAAAGAGACAAACAAGUGCUUGUUUUUUAACUAAAGAUGAUGCAAUAUA